AAGUGGCCAAGAACGCAAGUGGGGGUAUUUGGCCGCAGCCUGGAACGUGCAAGUUUUAACGUAAUUACGUAUUACGUGAGGUCAUGAACGCACAUCGCAGAACAGAGCAAGGCGAGCAUUUGUGUUUUUAAAGCAUAUAUAUAUAUAUUUUAAAUGAGUGAUGGUUUCUGUAUUUAAGAUCUUUAUUCAUGGUCUGGUUUAGGUUUAAAGUCCUUUGAAUCUGCACUGAAACUCGUUUUCACCUUCAAGUGUUGAAGUCCACUAUAUGGAGAACAAUCAUGAAAUGUUUUCAUUUUCAUUUCGUUUUUAUUUUUCAGCAAGAAAUGCUUAAGUACACCUAACGUUACGAACCCUGUGAUUCCACGAUAAAGUAGAAAUAAAGCACGCGGUAUGAUCACGGUAUUUCUUGCGAGUUUGUGUUGAAGAUCAAGCCCCGCGCGGCGUGGGUCUGAUAUUCCAGAUGAGUGUGACGCAGGGUUUUCUCAUUAAGCUAAUGGGCUGAUCUGAGAUCUGAUACACUCGUGCAGAACAUCAGAUCACUUACACAUCACAUCUGACGCGUACCGCGUGACUCGCUGCGUUCUCCAGGAGCGAGUGGAAAUAAACACGACGCGUUAUGACGAAGGCGGGCGGACUCGCACUGCGGACGCGCGUGUUUUUAGACAUGAUGAAGAAGAAGACCCGAGCCGCAGGUGAGACAUGCUGACAGUCCGAUAACACUUUCAUCCCCAUCAGUGCUGUACCUGUGAGGAAGGUGAUGCUGAAGGAUCCGUGGACUGCUAUGAUGAAGAUGACGUUGACGAUCUGUGGACCGUGAUGAUGGUGUUUAUGAUUUAUGGACUGCUUUGAAAAGGAUGAUCUGUGGACUGUUGUGAAGAUGAUGUCUGUCAUCCACGGACUGUGAUGAAAAUGAUGUUGGCGGUGACUGGAGCGGUUCUGGUUCUGGCCAUCGUGUUUAUGUCCGACAUGAACGCGUUUCUGGACCGAUUUCACAACUUCAUCCUGCCGCGCAUGCGCGGACCCGAGCGCGUGUGUCACUGCUCGUGCGGCAGGCAACGUGUGGAGUAUGUGAUCCCAUACGAGGGCUCCGUCUCGGGCGACACCGUCUCUUCCUCCACCAGUACCAGCGCGAGCAAACAGGAGCUGGAUCUGGUUCUGGGUCUUCUGAUGGGUUUCUGUGUCAGCUGGCUGUUGCUCUGGCUGGACCGAGCGUUUCAUUACGCCCUGAGGUUCUGGAGGUCCAACAGACAUGAGGGUGCGGAGGGCGAGCUGUGGCGCUCAUGGCGAUGGGUGUCCCGAGUGUGUAACCUGCGAGAGCUGCGCAGACGUCUGCAAACCCGCAGGACAGAAGAUUCUGGAAAUAACGUGGUGCACGUCAAACAGAAGCUCUAUCACAAUGGCCACCCGAGCCCUCGCAGACUCUGACACAAACACACAACCGCACGUCAACACUACACAACAGACGUCCACUGGAUUUCUACUGAGUGUAGUGAGACAGGACGUUACUGGACUUUCUCGGAGGACUCCGUGUUCCCGCUUGCUGUGUUUUUCACAGGUUUUGUGUGUUCGUUUUGUAGGGGUACGGCUCUUCAUCAGGGCUGGGGUUACAUUUUAUAGAAUAUUUGUGUACUGGGAAACAAUGUCUGUUUUAGAAACACGGCAUGCUGGGUAAUGUUUAGUAGUGACGGUGAUUUGAGGUCAGGGGAAAGUAUCUGAAUGUUUAGUGACGCAUGAGAGCGCGUGAUGUUUGUAAUCUGUGUUUGUUACACAUUAAAGUGACUCGUGUGAUCAAUCUCAAACAAGCUUUAGUCUUCACAACACAAAGAAC